CCCCCCCUAACAGCCGGGCGCGCACGCAGCCUUUUAACUGAUGUGUGUCCUGUCCUUGGUUAUGAACAGGCGGGGAGGUGGCGUCGGCGUUUGACGUUUGAAGAAGCAAACAUCCGUAAAGGCUUUUUGCGAGCGGGGGGGUUGAACCAACCCUCCCCCGACGUUUGGUUGGAGGCAGCCGGACUGAAAUGUGAGCAGAAGACCGCCGGUGGAGCGUCUCGGAUGGAUGAGACUGCAGCGCCGCGUUGAUGCGGCAGCGACCCCGGAGCGCCUUGAAACAAACACACCGCAAGAUAUAGCUCGCUAGGAGUCCUAUUUUUGUGAGGAGCAAGAUAGCCGGCCCGUACCCGCUUUAAGAAUGGCGGCCGUGGUCAACUACUCACCGCCCUGGUGGGUCAACCUGCUUCACCGCUUGCCUCAUUUCAACUUGGACUUCCAGAUGGUCAGCAGCGACUUUCGACCCGAAGACCCCGAGUAUCAGAAGUCAGUGCUGCUGCUCGGCGCUGUGGCCCUGCUGUGCUUGGGCCUGGACCUCCUCUUCCUCCUCUUCUACUCCUUCUGGCUCUGUUGCCGCCGCCGCAAGAGUGACGAGUCCUCGCACUCCCACACGCACUCCCGACAGCCCAGCGCCGACUGCUGCUGCACCGCCUGGUGCGUCAUCAUCGCCACCCUCGUGUGCAGCGCUGGCAUCGCCGUGGGGUUCUACGGAAACGGGGAGUCCAGUGAUGGCGCCAGUCGCUUGGCCUAUUCCUUGCGCCACGCCAACCGUACCGUGUCCGGGAUCGAGAAACUGGUGUCAGACAGCGCUCUUGCGCUCAACCAGACGGUGGAAGAGAACCUGGUCCAGUUGGAGACGGCCUACAAGGAGCAGACAGACUACGUGUCCAUCGUCCAGAAGCUGCAGGGACAGCUGGACGAGCUGGUGAGGCUGAUGGUGGACGUUCCCUUCUGGUCCAACACUGAGGUUUCUCUGGAGGACAUGGCCCGCCAGACGGAAGCCUUUGACUUCUACAGGUGGUUGGGCUACCUUGGCCUGCUUCUGUUUGACGUCCUCAUUUGUCUCCUGGUGCUCUUUGGCCUGAUCCGAAACUCUCGGGGAACUCUGAUUGGAGUGUGUCUGCUGGGGGUGCUGACUCUUGUCAUCAGCUGGGGGUCUCUGGGCUUAGAACUGGCUGUCGCUGCGUCAACCAGCGAUUUCUGCGAUUCGCCUGACACCUACAUCGCCCGGGCGACCAAGGAGAACGCCGUCAUCAAUCAAGAUAUCCUGCAGUACUACCUGCGGUGCAGCCCGGGCCAAGUCAACCCCUUCCAGCAGAGGCUGUCAGGGAGCCACAAGGCGUUGGUGGAGAUGCAGGACGACGUGGCCGAGCUCCUGCGAUCUGCGACGCGUGACUACGCCAACACCAAGGGGAGCCUGGAGCAGAUCCAGUUUGUGCUGAACUCCACCGAGGUGGGCCUCCACCAGCUGACGGCCCUGGUGGACUGCCGCAGCCUGCACAUGGAUUACGUGCAGGCGUUGACGGGCCUGUGCUACGACGGCGUGGAGGGCCUCAUCUACCUGGUGCUCUUCUCCUUCGUCACCGCCCUCAUGUUCUCCUCCAUCGUGUGCAGCGUGCCACACACCUGGCCUGGCAAGAGGACGGAUGAGGAGGACGGAGAGGACGAGUCGGGCGCCUCGCGGGGCGGCGGCGUGCACGAUAACCUGUACCGCGUUCACAUGCCCAGUCUCUACAGCUGUGGCUCCAGCUACGGUAGCGAAGCUAGCCUGCCCGCCACCGCCCACACUGUCAGCAACGCCCCCGUCACUGAAUACAUGAACCAGAACGCAAACUUUCAGAACCCCCGCUGUGAGAACACCCCCUUGAUUGGCAGGGAGUCCCCUCCACCCUCUUACACCUCCAGUAUGAGGGCCAAGUACCUGGCCACCAACCGCCCGGACCAGAACCGACGCUCCGUCCCCAACGACCAACUGGACCCGGCCAGCCGGCCGCACGCCACCGCACGACCACAGUCGUCGGUCCACUAGGGACCAGAACCACUCAUCUCGACAAGCCAGAACUCGGCGAGAAAGAAGCACACGUUUGUCCACGUGACUCAAGCGCCUUGGCUCCUCCCCCUUUCUACUUUCUACUCAUGCCACUAGGAUCCGUACACUGCCCCCUAGUGGACACACACACACACACACUGUAGAAAAUGUAAAUAUGAAGCAUCAUAAGCAUCAUUUCAUGAGCCAUGCAUCAUUGCUGGUGACGUGCUGUGCCGUGCACUCCAUUUAGCGCAUCAACACGCACAUUGUGUAGAAGUAAUCACCAUGUUUAGGUAGAACGCCAGCCGUGCAGCGCCACACCAGGACAUUUACCAGGAAUUCUUGGAGGGGGGAAAAAAAAAAAAGUGCCAAAAAAACCCCAACCUUACAAGGAUGCCUGAUUCUGUCUUUAGACGUCUCGCAGGAGAGACGCUUAUGUUGAAAUAGGACAAAAAAACAAUAACAAUAAUAAGGAGGGGAGAUGUGCUGCGGUGCUACAUGUGGCCGACGUCUUCCCAUUUUCCUCGCGGGACUAACGGACUUUUAUGCAAGUGAUACUGUGACAAACUUUGACCGACCUGGUUCUGACGUACUCGCAAGCACAAACCUUCGUCACGACGCCGCCCUCGCUUCUCCCGCUUAACGCACAGCCUGUACAAAAAAACGACGCUAGCCCGCGUGCGACGCGUACGUCGAGGGCGCCGCCUUCUGUUUACAUGCGCUAGGGUCGUGUUUACGCAUCAACGUGCUAUGUAAAGGUUCACGUGAUGACAAAACCAGCCCCGUUGAAAAAAUAAAAACAAAAAAACAAAAACAAAAAACGUUGUGGUGUGCAUGCCAGGCCAGCAGGUGGCGAUGUCAUUUGGUAAAGAAACACCCAAAAUUAGUGUUUAAAAAAAAAAAAAAAUUGAAAAUGACAUCAUUAAAUUUGCCGAAGUGUUUUGUUGCCAAAGCUUUGGUAGCGCAAAUACUAGUCCCGCGCUGUGUUCCACCAUUUUUAGUAUUUUUACAACAACGGGUGUUAAAAAUUCCCCUAAAAUGCACCAAAACGGGACAGGUUUUAGUCGUUUUUAUGUGUGAGUCGUAGCUGCCAACGACUAAUAAUAAUCCAGCGACGGCUUCUCGUAAUUAGCGAGUAAUUAGCGUAAUUAGCCAUGCUCCCACGUCGUUCAACGCUAACGCUCAAAAUGCACAAACGCGACAGCGGGCGGUGCGGCGUUCCGCCAUUUUUGUUGUUGAACGGAUGUGCGCACUGAGCAGCGUUUUCACAGUUUACCGCUUUAGCACGUAUGCGCCAACCGUAAGAGUAUCGCCUGCUCUUUGUCGUGUUUUAUUAGCAUUUGUGACUGCGACGUUCCAUAACCAUUCAGUGACCACUUCCCGUGUUAGCGAGACAAUCUUGAAAAAGUUUGCGCCAUAAGUGUUCUUGCACUUUGGCUGCGCUAAACGUUAACGUGCAAAAUUUACAAACGCGACAACAACCAUUUUAGACGUACAGACUGAAUAUUGUUUUCACAGUUUGCCGUUUUUAGCGCUUGGAUGGAAUGGGCUGCGCUAGCAAUGCUAUUGUCAAGGAAGAAUGACACCGUUUUUACUUGUUGUCUUUUGUUAUUUGCAUCAUAGAAGCUAAAAGCUCCAACGUUACAUCCAUUAUUUCAACAUUUCAUGAAUCCGACGACCACUUUGUCAUAUUUGCAAGAUCGGGAUUUUUUUUUUUUACGCUAACAUCGCAAAUUGACUUGUCGCAAGUGCACUUCGAAUGCUAACGUUAACACGUGAAACACAUCUGAAUGCAUGCCGUUAUUAGCGCCAUUCCCGCUGUUUCCCCGCCAUUUUUCUCUUGGCCAAGACGAGCAGGCACGUGCACAGACUGAAGGUCGUUUUCGCAGUUUUACAGUGGGUUUUAGAAAUUCAGUAUCGCUCCAAAACUGUUAUCGAUGGACCAAACAAAACAGUUUUAUUUAUCUUUAGUUAAAAACCCUGACUAGCAUUUGCGUCAUUGUCGUUGGCAGCUACGACGUUUUACGCUAACAAUGCUACGGGUGACAAAAAUGUGCUUCAAUUGAGUUUGCUUCAAAAAUGUUGCUGUCGUGUAAAUGAACGACCAAAACUACAAUGUUUUUAUUACUUUUGAUUUUUGUUUUGUAGUUACGCUAAUUAGCAUUUGCGAGGUACAGCAUUUUCAAUAAUGCAACGCCCGCUUCUUGUACUAGCAAGACAAUCUUGUGUGAUGAGUUUGGAACAUUUGUAACGCUAACAACGCGAUUAGCCGAGUUCUUGCUAACGUUAACGUCUAAAAAGCGUCCGAAUGAAAGGCCUUUCAUAACGUUUUUAAAAAUCUCCCUUUCCACCCGCAUAUUCAUAUCACCAACAUGUUUUUUUAUAACAAUAAUAAUAAUAAAGAUAGUUUCCCUGUCUUGUAACAAUGGACAUUAAAAGAUAAAAAUAGAUGUUUUUGUAGGAGAAUGGUGUUUUUUCCUCUGUAAUUAAGAUCAGUGGUGUGUUUCAUUUUUUGAAUCAUCAUAAAACGAUUCCAGUGACACACACACUCUUGUCUUUCAAGUCCUGCCUGUGUGUGUGUGUGCGUGCGUGCGUGAACCCCAGGACUUGAAAUACACACACGUGUCCAAAUGUUAGCAGUGUUUUUCUAUGGCUGUUUUUAUUUCAUGGUUGAAGUAAAAUAACUAUUAUUAUUAAUAAUAAUGCUGUAAAUGUCCAAAGUGUGUAAUGAUAUCAUUCAAGAUGGAAUAAUUGUUUUAAAAAAAAAAAGAAAUUAAAGCAACUUUUAACAUCAAA